AAUAAUGAAAAUAAAUGCGCGAGUGUGUUGGUGCGUUGUUGUGUGCGGACAGUGAAAAAUCAAACAGAUAUUAUAAUUAUUAAUAAUCGUGCGUAUAAAUAAAUAAUGGAUAGCACAUUCCACGAAGGAUGGCUUAUAAAAUCGCCGCCCUCAAAGCGCAUUUGGCGUGCUCGCUGGCGUCGUCGCUGGUUUACGCUGAAGCAGGGCGAGAUACCGGAGCAGUUUUGCCUCGAAUACUAUACGGAUCAAUACUGCCGCAAGCUGAAGGGUGUCAUCGAUCUGGAUCAAUGCGAGCAGGUCGACUGCGGGCUGCGCUUGGAGAAUCGCAAACAGAAAUUUCAGUAUAUGUUCGACAUUAAGACGCCGAAGCGCACAUAUUACUUGGCUGCCGAGACCGAAGCUAGCAUGCGCGACUGGGUGAACUGCAUCUGCCAAGUGUGCCAUCUGCAUGACACCAAGCAGUCCAAUGAGCUGCCGCUGGGCGCCACAGCCACAUCGACAACAGCAGCCGCUGCCGCUGCAGCAGCAGCAGAUGAGAAUCGCAGCGCACAGCAGCAUACCAGCUCCAGCGGCGCCUUGAGCAAUUCCACGCAAAACACAACAACCACAUCGCUGCACUCGUCGGCAGGGACCACGGCGACCAACUCGCUGCUGCGUCGUCCGGCGGUCAUUGAUCAGCAGCCGCAGAGCGCCAACAACAACUCGGACUCGGUCUAUGUGAAUACGGACUACAACAAUCGGGAGACGUUGCUCUGCGAUGCACACUUUGAUCAGCAACAGCUGCUCUCGGCUGCACAGCAACAGCCUCCGCCAUCGCCGGCCACGGCGCUCUACUUAAAUCAGAGCGCUUUGAUUCAGGCCCAGGCACAGGCGCAGGCCCAGGCCGAGCAACAGCAGCAGGCGCAGGCACAGGCUCAGGCCGCAGCUGCUCGUCUCGCCAUCAAUGCGAAUGGCGUGGUGCGCAAGCUGCCCGAGCAUCUGGUGUUGAAUCAACAAACCCUGGCCGAGGCCAUGACACAGCAGCAGCAGCAUGGCAGCGUCCAGGCAUCGCCGGCGCUGAGCACCGCCUCCGGGCCGUAUAUACCCAUUAGCGAAUGCUUCACGGGCAGUCCCAAGUUCUUAUUGGAUAGCCAUGCCAAUGCGGCGGCUGCGCUCAACAAUUUGGAUCCCAAAUUCUAUGAUACACCGCGCAGUCACAACAAUAUUGGCCUCAAUCUGACCAACGAUCAAUCCUAUUCACCCAAAAUAACCAACUGCAGCUUGCAACUGGCCAAUGCCAGCGGGAAGCAGCGCAGUCAGCGCUCUGAUUCGGACUCGGAGAGUGUCUUCACCGACGACGACGAGUGGGCGCAUCCGCUACCCCUACGCGAGAAUAUUGAUCGCAGCACACGGCCUUCGGAUAGUUCCAUUGAGAACGAGUCUUUUGUGCUGACCUAUUCGCAGCGCUUCUCCAAGAUGCCUGAAGACGGCGCUGCGUUGCCGGUCACAGGCACUGAGAAGCACGCCAAACAACUGGGAACAAUAGCAGCAUCAGCCGCAGAUGGCGCGGGCGAGCAUCACACGCUGGAGAAGCUGGCCAAGGUGCUGAAGAACAAAAAUAAUCUUAUACUGGACUUUAAGGAUAAUGAAAAAUUGCAGCGUGAUCUGCCGCAACUGUCGGACACGGAGAACACAUCGCCAGCUAUUGUGGCGUCACGGCAUGCCAAUUCCUCGUUGAUCGAAGAGAGCUAUGACAUUCCACGUUCGCAUCAGUUGCCCUAUUGCAACGUGGGGCAAUUGCUGGGCGAGCGACCGGUUACCAGUCCGCACAAUAGCAAUCCCAUAGCGGCAUCCACGCCCAAUCUAAUGGCUGAUGCGUGCGCUGCUGCGGCGCCAGCUAAUCCCAGCCAGGUGGCAUCCAGCACAACAUCAACAACAACGGCGCCCGUCAAUUCCCCAACCAGUGCGCGCACGCUGCCCCGCCAGCAUUGCUAUACGAAUGCAGCGCCCACUCGAAUGGAGGGCAAUGUGUUUCGCUAUGAUUUCAUUGAGCAAGCCGAUUGCCCGCCAGUUAAUCGCAAACUCAAGCCCAAGGUGGCCAAUUUGCCGUUGGAGCCAACGCACAAGAGCAGCGUCGAGGACAAGCCGCCUGAAGAGUUCCCGGCCAAGCCGCCCGUCGCCGCCAUGGAGCAGCUGAACAGCAAAUUGUCCGCCACCAAGCUGCAGUCAAGCGCGCCGCCCAGCGUGGAUCGCAAAUGCAAACCAAAUGCGUAUAAACUGGGCUCCUCGGCUACCAUGUCGCCGGCCACGCGUCGGUCUACGGGUGCACCGCUCUCGAUGGUGCUGCCGCAUGAAACGGAUGUGCACUCGCCGGCAGCAAUUGCCUAUUUCCAUGAGACGCGCACACUGCCACGCCAGCAACAUCGCCAGCACCCAAACAGCCCCGGCAGUCAAUCGGUGCAGCAUCAACGCACCGCCUCAGCAGCAGCAGCCAUGACCUCAACAGCCGCAGCUGCAGCGGCGGCAGCAGCGGCACACAAGCAAAGCCAGCAGGCAGUGCAGCAGCAGCAACAGCAGCAGCAGUCGGAGCACAAGUUACAGUACUUUGAUCUGGAUGUGACCAAUAAGCCGCCGCUGCUCAACCGGCAGAGCAUGAGCGUGGGCAAUCUGUAUGCCCAGGGCGGCGCCGGUCUGGGUGGUGUGCGUCUGGGUGCCACGGAUGCGGCGGCAGUGCGUGCGCCCGUACAAAGCAGCGUUGUCUACAAUUUCGUGGACUUUGUGAAGACGGAGGCGUUCAAGCGCAUACGCGAGGAGCGCAACAAGGAGAGCAGCGAGAGCGGCGGCGGUGGCGGUGGCGGCAACAAAUGAGCUGCACAUGCUGCCAAUAUCCAUGACUCACAUUUUCAAUGUGCAAUAGCGUCAUGCGAAUCUGUUGUAGUGCCUGCAAAAGCUGUCUAAACAGUGCAAACUCUAAGUGGCUUUGACAUUCAUUCAUUCAUAUUGAACACUCACACACAUCCAUAUCCAUAUACAUAUUGAUUAUAUAUAGCCGAUAAGUUAGGUAUUUUAAGCAUAUUUGUGCCCUCAGCAUCGCGUCGUGUGCUUUUUUAAUGUCUCUAUAAAGAUGGUUUUUGUCUUUCAAUUGUGCUUCCAAUUUCCAAAUCAAAGCGUCUAACUAUUUUAUAUAUAAAUAUGUAUGUACACACACACACACACAUAAACUAAUUUAUAUACACCACGAAUUUUUUAUGGUAACAAAUUAUAUAACCAAUUUUAUACUAAGUGUAAGUGUAACUCGUGUGCGACACAAGCUGUGGCUUGAUAUUGUGCUUUAAUAAAUCAACAUUUAUAGAAUAACA